CAGGGCGUUAAGAUUGGGUGAGCAGCUAAGGGAAUUAGCUGAACAUAGUGGAAUUGGCUGAACAAGGAGACUGGGUCUUUAAACCAACAUCGGGGAACAGGGACAGGAGAGGUGGAUCUGAGCAGGAGGUAGGGUGCAGGGAGGAGCACUGGGGCUGGAUGAGCAUUCAGAGGGUCAGCCCAGCACCUUCAACCACUGUGCAGACAUUCUCAUGAUUUUUUGUGAAAGAAGGAAGGAAAAAAUCUCAGCAACAGCAGCCCUGGAUCCUAGAAGAUUAUAUAGUGAGUGAAGAAGGGGAAGUAUUGCUGACUUCCCUGCUAAGCCUGGGAGAGCAGGUCUGUCUCAUUAGGCUGAGCACAGAAGAGAGGUAGCCACAAUGCUGGGAGGAAUGGAAAAGUUAGUGGGUAUAGCUGUACUGGUGAACUCCUUCAUUUUCUGCUAUGCCAUCCUGGACCUGAAUGGCACCCAUGAAAUUGAAGGGACAUGGAAGAGUUCGGCCACCUUGCAGUGCGUCUAUGUGCCCUUGGAGAACUAUCAGCAACAAACAGUUGCUUGGACCAUGGAGAGGGAUAACAACCCAGUUACUGUCUUUCGAAGGGAUGGCUCUGGUGAUCACAUCCUGUUGUCACGGUACAGAGACCGAGUCUCUGUACCAAAAUUUCCCCCAGGUGAUGUCUCUCUUCAAAUUCAGAAGCUUGAAAUCCCAGACAGUGGACACUACACUUGCAAAGUCACCUGGAGAACCCAGAAUGACAACCUGAUUACAAAGGAGAUGACCACCACAAUUAGAGUAGUUAAAGUUGCGGUGUCCAAACCCAUCAUCACGCCUGGUCAUCUGGGACUCACUGUGCUGGAAGGAGCUAGGGCAAGCCUGACCUGCUCAGCCAGAGGGUCCCCACCCAUCAGCUACCGAUGGUUCAAGGGGGAGCCGGGAGGCAGUGCAGUGCACCUCAGCAAUCAAGCCGAACUUGUGUUUGACCCCCUGCAAAACUCAGAUGCAGGAAAAUACUACUGUGACGCAGAGAACAGAGCCAGGUCCCUUGUCUCUCAGCAGAGUGAUGCGGUGCAGCUGACUGUGAGAGAGCUCACAGAAACCACAACCACAGUACCCAGUACUGAGGCUACAGUGCACACCACAACCACACCUAUCUUUGAAAGAGAUCUCAGUACAACAGUGGAUUCUGGGAAUGAUGUGGAAAGUGAAACCCUGACUGGAGGUGCCCGGAGAACUGGCCUACCCCUGUAUCUCAUUAUCCCAAUUGCUGUGCUUUGUGCCAUUGUGCUUGUCUCUGUCAUUGCUGUCAUCUUGUGCAGAAGAAAAACCAAAAAUGAUCACCUCUACGAUGUAACAUAUCGUAACUGCAUAAACAGCCAGAGGAGAGAGACUUGCUCAAGAGAGAGUGGUGGGUGCCUCUAUGAGGAAGUACAUUUCGGUGUUGAAAACAAUUACGUGACUGACCCAGUGGAGAACAUUGACUUUGAGAAACUCAGCAGGAGAAAAAGCACUGACUAUGAGACCCUGGUGAAGUCGAUGGAAUCGGAAUAUGAAGUGGGGGGUGUUUAGUAGAACACAAGCUUUCCCACACAUGCAGCCAUGCAGAAGAUGGGGUUGCAGAGCUUAAAGGGUGGCCAUUCCCCUGGGGAACCUAUUUUUCUUGUCUGCCUUUUCCUCUGAUAGGUAUGCUGAACUUGUAGCUUUAUUUGAUUAGGGGCAGCUGAUUCGCCCUCCAGCUCUUCACUGUAUGAAGCUCUUCCCAUUGGUGCAGAAAUCCUCAGCAAAAUAAUUCAUGUGAACAUCUGGGAAAGAAAGGGUCUGGGGAAGAGGUACACAAAAGCCAGGAAGCUGCCAGUUGUGGUAAAAUAGGAGACUGAUGUACCUAGCAAAUGCUUAUGCAACUGGUAGAAACCAAAUCUGCAGGAAGAAUUGGGCAAAAAGAUUGGGCAAAAAAAUUGGUACAUCCCCCUGGUUAGGAACUUUGCUUAGAGAAAGAAAAUUGUUUGCUUCCCCUACUGCAGGCACUGGUUUUACAGUUGAUUUGCAAUCAAGUCUUCUCCCCUAGGUUUGGGUGGAGAUGGAGACAGUAAAAAGGUCAGUAUGGGUUAGCACCCAGGGUGUCAUUGGAGUUCACCAUUCAUUAGAGAAAGGAACAGUCAUUUUUGUAGAUGAUUUUUCCCUUCCUCUUUUCUCCUAGAAGAGCAAAGGGAAGGUUGGGGGAAAUUCUACCACUUCAGUG